AUGGAAACUAAGACGAAACGUCUAUCUCAUGAUGCAUAUACAGUGGCACUGCUCACCCCCCUCGAGGUUGAGUUGAGUCCAAUGAGAUAUAUGCUUGACGAAGAACAUCAGCCACUACCGAGCGCCCGCGGUGACCCAAAUAACUACGUUCUGGGACGACUCUGUCAGCAUAAUGUCGUUAUCGCGUCCUUGCCUGCCGGCUACCAAGGUACGAUCUCCGCUGCGGUCGUCGCACGAGAUUUAGCGCGCACCUUCCCGUCGGUCACGCUUCGAUUGCUCGUGGGCAUUGGAGGGGGCGUGCCCAGCGACAAUACUGAUAUUCGUCUGGGAGAUGUUGUGGUCAGUGUUCCAUCUGGAACUCAGGGUGGUGUUGUGCAAUACGAUCUGGGAAAGCAGACUACAACUGGGUUUCAACGCAAUUCUUGUGCCCCCCGCCCAAUGAAUGGCUGGCUAUUCUCCCGAGAAUGCAAUCCGAUCACCGCAUUUCCAGCGCUGUCCGAGUAUAAGAGACCGUCGCCUGAGACGGACAUCUUGUUCAAGUCCAACUACGACCAUUGCAUGGGUAAGCCGACUUGCCAGUCCUGUGAUAUACAAAAGACAGUUCCCCGGCACAAACGCAGCGCUCCUGACCGAUCUUUCGUUCAUUACGGGGUCAUCGCAUCCGGGGAUCGCGUGAUGAAGAAUGCGAAGAAGCGGGACAUGAUCAGUAAGAGUAGCGAGGGCGCGAUCUGUUUUGAGAUGGAGGCAGCAGGCCUUAUGAAUGAUUUCCGCUGCAUUGUUAUUCGUGGAAUCUCCGACUAUGCGGACUCGCACAAAAACGACAUUUGGCACCCCUAUGCCGCUGCAGCUGCCGCGGCUCUUGCAAAGGAGCUCCUUUCGUAUCUGGAGGUAUCGGGCCGUAAGUGA